AUGGCCAGAACCAUAACAUUCGAUAUUCCCUCUCAGUACAAACUCGUAGAUUUGAUAGGCGAGGGAGCAUACGGAACAGUAUGUUCCGCAAUUCACAAACCUUCUGGUAUAAAAGUAGCUAUCAAGAAGAUACAGCCAUUUAGCAAGAAACUUUUCGUAACCAGGACCAUACGUGAGAUCAAACUGCUACGGUAUUUCCACGAACACGAAAAUAUAAUAAGUAUAUUAGAUAAAGUAAGACCAGUAUCCAUCGACAAGUUGAACGCUGUCUACUUAGUCGAAGAAUUGAUGGAAACUGACUUACAAAAAGUGAUCAAUAACCAGAAUAAUGGCUCCUCUACUUUAAGUGAUGAUCACAUUCAAUAUUUCACUUACCAGAUUUUGAGGGCGCUCAAAUCUAUCCAUAGUGCACAGGUUAUCCAUAGAGAUAUAAAGCCAUCGAACCUGUUACUGAAUUCAAAUUGUGACUUGAAGGUUUGCGAUUUUGGGCUAGCUCGGUGCUUAGCUAGUAGUAGUGAUUCAAGAGAAACCUUGGUUGGGUUCAUGACGGAAUACGUGGCGACGCGAUGGUACAGAGCACCAGAAAUUAUGUUAACCUUCCAAGAGUAUACAACUGCGAUGGAUAUUUGGUCAUGUGGGUGUAUACUGGCUGAAAUGCUUUCAGGGAAACCUUUGUUCCCAGGCAGGGACUAUCACCAUCAGUUAUGGCUAAUUUUGGAAGUGCUAGGCACCCCGUCCUUCGAAGACUUCAACCAAAUCAAAUCCAAGAGAGCUAAAGAAUAUAUAGCAAACUUACCCAUGAGGCCGCCUUUACCGUGGGAGAACGUGUGGGCAAAAACGGAUCUAAAUCCUGAUAUGAUAGAUUUACUAAACAAGAUGCUGCAAUUCAAUCCUGACAAGAGAAUAAGCGCUGCGGAAGCCCUGAGACAUCCUUACCUGGCGAUGUAUCACGAUUCAAGCGACGAACCAGAAUACCCUCCGCUCAACUUAGACGACGAGUUUUGGAAGCUAGAUAACAAAAUAAUGCGUCCAGAGGAAGAAGAAGAAGUGCCUAUAGAAGUGCUUAAAGACAUGCUCUACGAUGAACUGAUGAAGACCAUGGAAUAG